AGCUCCAACUCGAGCUCCCGACCAAGUUUGCGCGCGCUCGCGCCCGAGCUGGGAAAACAUGGGCUGUGGCUCUUCCGUGUCACCGCCGCUCAAGAAGUUGGAUCCCGCGAAGUUCGCGAAGGUCUUUGAGAAGGAGAAGGUGACGGAGAUCGCGUGGCUGAACGAGGAGAAGUGCCUCCUAAUCUCGGAGGAGCAAGUGGAGGAAGAGAACCCUCCGACCAGAGAGGAAGACCCUUGGUACAAGCCACCGCUCAAGGUCUCGGUGGAAGUGUAUGACGUGAAGAGCAAGGAGCUGAAGCUGUUGUCCUCCAUGGUGUGCAAGUUUGAUCCAUGUGGCGGUCACAUCGCUGCCAGCGCUGACGGGCAGAUGUACGCGGUCGGCGUUGGCAAGGAAGUGCGUGUCUUUAAGGCGGAUGGCUCAGAGACCAGCAAGAUGAACGCCUACUCGAACGAUUCCACCAGUGUCUCGACGAUGAGCUUCAGUCCAGAUGGUAAACACAUCCUUGUGGGUUCCUCGAAUGGUGGACGGAAAGUGGCUGUGAUGACUGUGGAUGGCACUGAAGUCUACACUUGCCCGAUCGACGACAAUUACAAGUUCAAGGUCGGCUUGCAUUGGAUGGACGACAAGACCGUGAUGAUUUUAUCGAACGGGUGUGCUGCAUUCCACGAUAUCUCCUCAAAGUCAGAGUGUGGAAAGUGGUGGGGUCCGCCCAAGGGGGCUUCUGAUUAUACUCAUAGCAUGAACCCCGAGGGGAUGCGUUUCAUGAAGACUGGGAGGGCUUACUUGGCCCACAAGGAUGACGGACAGCUGUUUCUUCUCAAACCGGGCGGUGCGAAGUUCAAGGUCCUAGAAACCUUCAAGCUCCACGACAAGGACUUUGGCAUGAACUGCGGCACCAAGUUUGCGGUUCUUUCAGAUGAGCAGACAGUCAUCUAUGAAAGGCCCAAUGGCUCGAACCACAUGGACCCCGUGCCGGACCAUUUUGAAGCGAACGUGCUGGCCAGCGGCGGAAAGUCGGAGCUUUCUCGCGGGGAUGCGAAGCUUACCCGGGUGGAGAUGCUCGAGCUGAACGUUUCGGAGAGUGUGCUGGCGACGGUGGACCAGGAAGGCGCCAAACUCUACAGCCUGGGCUACAAAGCAGAACCGGCACAGGGGAAGUGAACGCUUUGCAUCCAUUUGCUUAAGAACAUGCUUUAUUUUGUCUUGCUGGUUUUAAAGGGAAUCUAUUUCUACUGGAUGUGUUUUUUGUUUUUGUUCCAGAUGGAAGUAUGGCGUACCAAGCAUCUGGCAAAUCAAGGGCUUGAGUACCGUAACCGCAUCGUACAGUGUAGAUCAAGAUUUGACCUGCGCUGUGGUAAAAUAUGGGUUUUGUCUCACACAUGUGCUCUGUGUCUCACAAUGCAGUUCAGUUCCACGGGACUGACAUAGCAUGACUGGCGGCCUACGGCAGCUGACUG